CUGGCAGGCCGGCCGGCCGGCCACCCACACUCCUCCUUCCGAUUGGCUGGCUGGCCUCCCACCAAUCAGAAGGACCUUCCCGCGUAGCAACAAGGCAGACGGAGCAUUUUGGCGGGCUGCGGACUGAGGAGACUCCAAGUCUUGAACAGCCAAAAAUGAGUACAGCAAAAAAAGCAAAAGCAGAUAGUGGAAGAUCAUUCCAGGAGGCCUGGACAGAGUCAUUUGGAGUGAUUGAACGCGAUGGGAAAGCAUUAUGUAUUCUGUGUUAUGAAAGUGUUGUGUGUCGGACAUCAAGUGUCAGACGGCACUUUGAAACCAACCACAAAAGUAUUGUCAAACUUAGUGAAACUGACAGAAAAGAGUUUCUUAAAAGCAGUUUUCAAAUGUCACUCUGCAUAGCAAAACAUGGCAAGCCCCUCUCUGAUGGGGAUAUUAUCAAAACGGCCAUGUUGUCUGGGAGUAAUUCCCUUUUUCAUGAUUUCCCAAACAAGGAUAAAAUUAUUCAACGCAUCUCUGAGAUGCCACUUGGCAGGAAUACUGUUGAAGAUCGAGUUCAGCGCAUGGCAAGUGAUGUUAGUCAGCAGCUCACCACUGACUUACAAAAGGCAGCCUGUUACUCCAUGUGCUUGGAUGAAUGCACAGAUAUAAAUAAUCAAGCAAGGCUAGCAAUAAUUUUGCGUUAUGCUCUUGGUGACAUCAUGAGAGAAGAGCUGGUGAAAUUGGUGUCUUUGCCUGAAAAAACACAAGGGAUAGAUAUCUACAAUGCUGUGAUGGAGGCUUUUUUGUCACAGGACAUAAGACCAGAAAAAGUGGUUUCAAUUACUAGUGAUGGGGCACCUUCUAUAGUGGAGGCAACAUCUGGUUUCAUACAGUUAUUUGUUAAAGAAACAAAACACCAAGUCAUUCAGUUCCAUUGUAUUAUACAUCAAGAAGCUCUUUGUGCCAGGGAAAGCAGCAAAAAAUUUGACAAUGUCCUCGAAGAUGUCACAAUAAUGGUGAAUUACAUGAUGGCUCAUGCUCUGAAUUUUCCACAGUUUCAAGCACUUCUUGAAGAGGUUCAGGCACAGUAUAAUUGUUUACUUAUGUACAAUAAUAUCCGGUGGCUGAGCAGAGGACGAGUCCUGGAGAGAUUUGUAGCCUGCUUGGAGGAAAUUAGGCUGUUUAUGAAUGAAAAAGGGCAGGAAUAUCCACAGCUCACUGAUAUGGCCUGGCUUACCAACCUCAUGUUUUUUACAGAUUUUACACUACACUUCAAUGUACUGAACAAACAACUACAAGGUGUAGGGAAAACAGCAGAAAAGAUGUUUUGUGUUAUCAAAGCAUUUGAGGAAAAACUGCAGGUUUUGGAAAGAGAGCUUGAAAGUGGGCAGCUGAAAUCUUUUCCAAAUCUAAAAAUGCAUUUAGAAAAUUCUACAUUUGCAGACAAUCCUACAAGCCAUCAGGAAAUCUACAAGGAAUUUUCUAGCAUUGUAGCAACUGCAAAGAUGAACUUAAGUAACAGAUUUUUACAGUUCCGUAACAUGGAGACAACCCUGUGUUUUCUUACUUCUCCAGAUAAAGUCGACUUUAAAGAACUUGAUCUUUCCUGCUUACACUGGUUAGAUUUAGAAAAUCUGGAAAUGGAGCUAGUGGAAUUUCAAGAAAACUCCAUGUGGAGAAAUAAAUUCUGUGACCUGCGUGAAACACUUGAGACAAUAGAAGGGAUGACAAAGAGCAGCAGAGUUAGUUCUGAAAGUGAAAUCCUUAAAGCGUGGAAUUCUCUGCCAAAUCGUUUUAAGUCAAUGAAAGCGCUUGGGAUUGCUUUCCUUACUUUGUUUGGAUCAUCUUAUGCUUGUGAGCAGGUAUUUUCAGCUUUGAAUGAUAUCAAAUCUGAUACCAGAAACAGACUAACAGAUGACCUGAGUGCUGCAUGCGUUUCUCUCCAACUUACAACCUAUGAGCCAAGGUUUGACAAAUUAUCGGCAUGCAUACAACAGCAAACAUCACAUUAAUUGGUCACCUUUCAAUAAAAAGUUGUAUCGUUGAAAGCUCUGUUACCGCGUUUUAAGACAAAAGAUGUUAAUGUAUGAGUUGUUUUUUUCUAAACGAAAACCUCAGUAUUCAGAUUAAAUUGCCGUGUUGGCACUUUGCAAUAAAGAAGUGGGUUUUUGGUUUGCAGUUUGGGCACUCGGUCUCUAAAAGGUUCGCCAUCACUGGACUAGAGAAUGUUUGUGUCAAUGUGUAUGCAUGUAGUUUGUAUGUGUAUGUGUAAUGGUGCUGGUGUUGAGAUUGUCUGGUUGAAGAGGAAAUAGGUUCCAUGUCAAACCUAGCAACUCAGUGACUAGGGUUUUUAAUACCGUUCCCUCCCCCAGAUAUGGAGAUCUACUUCUUGAUGGAAUACCAUUUCCCCAAGUCAAGUUAGUUCACAAUCUUGGGAUUCUCACAGCCAGGAAAACCUUUGUAUUAACCUACCUCAUGUGCCAGAUGUGUUGUUCCCAAUUCAAGAGACUCUGUUUAUGGCCAUUCAUGCCUUAUUUUUUGAAUGGGCUUAAAUAUAUUUAUAGGGAGCUGACCUUGAAAGUUAAGUUAGUUUAUUGUCAUUGCACCUUGUACAACGAAAUUAAAUACCAUCUUCAGUGUACAUUAUACAUAAAACAAAACACUCAUCCUUCACAUUCUAUACAAUUGAAAACCCCUGAUAAUUGCAUUAAUAUUGCACUAUACAGUAGAAUUAUCCUGUACCGUCUGCCAGGUGGUAAUAAUUCAAAAAAAGGGUGCCCAGGAUGAGAUGAAGAUGAUGAGCAUUUGGAAGUUUUGUAGCUGCUUCAGAAGGUGGCAGUGUGUGCCUUUGGAGACACCUGUCUGGUAAAGUGGACAUGCUCCAGAACCCUUGUGCGAAACAGUGUCAUUUAGAGAACUUAGAUAGAAAAUGUGUCUUUUCAGUCCUAGUAUCUGCCCUGCUCAGUCAGUCAGGAUGGCUUUUCCUUUUGUUGGCUUUUUGUAAGGCCUUUAAAACCUGACUUUUCCAUUAGCCAUAAAGACAGAAUAGUAAUUGAAGCUCAGUCUGUUAUUUAUUGCAUUACUUGAGAAAUUGAUUAUUUUUGUGUGCCAGCUUUGUUUGUUUUACUGUUUUAUCUGUAUUUUCUGUUUCUUGCUUUGCUCAAAUGGGCAGCCAUAUGCGUUUACGGAAAGGGACGCGGUGGCUCAGUGACUAAGACGCUGAGCUUGUUGAUCGAAAGGUCGGCAGUUCAACGGUUCGAAUCCCUAGUGCUGCGUAACAGGGUGAGCUGUUACUUGUCCCAGCUUGCACAUAAAAAAUGGAAGUAGAAAAAUAGGAACCACCUUUGGUGGGAAGGUAACAGCGUUCCGUGCGCCUUUGGCGUUUAGUCAUGGUGGCCACAUGACCACGGAGAUGACAUGACCAUGGACAGCGCUGGCUCUUCGGCUUUGAAAUGGAGAUGAGCACCGUCUUCUAGAGUUGGGAACGGCUAGCACAUAUGUGCGAGGGGAACCUUUACCUUUAUGCACUUAUGGAAUAAACAAAUAGCCCUAAAUCCACUAAUGAUGCCAACGUGGGAUUUCUUGUUGUGGUAGACCAAUCAUCUGAUCAGCCACAGGGUGGACAAAAUAAACUGGAUAUAAUUAUGUGAACAUCUUUUUAAGGGUGUGUUAAUGGUGACCUGUAUGAUACAUGCUUUUCUAAUCUCACUCUCUUGAUACGCCAACCUUUUCUUUUUGCAAAAUUUGAAAGCAUUUGUUAAUUCAAAGCAUAAUUUUAUGUAAUAAAUUUACAGACACAUUUACACAUAUGCUCUCAGAGCAAAUGGAGAACAAAAUCAAUAGUUUAAACUAGGGCAAAAGGAUAAGGGAGACGGGAGAACAUGUUUUGCCUUGAAUACAGCUUGGUAGCAUUCACCCUAAUCCUCUCUUUUGUGGUGAUGGCUUGCUCGGAUGCUGUGUGGUUGUCUGUGAGAAGGUUUGGUGGAUUGACCCUGUGAAUGAAAGGAAGCACAAGAAUAAAACUUGUGGGUUUUUUUUCCAAAGCAAGUUCUUGUACAUUCUGAAACUCACAUUUACAAACCAGAUGCUUUAAAAGGCUGUAGGUAGACUUUUCAUAAUCUACUUUUGCAUCUGGGAUUUAGGGACAUGCUACCUCCAGACUAUGCUGGAGCAAUUCAGAUUUAUUUGUUUGUUUGUUCAAUUUAUAUGCCGCCCUUCUCCGAAGACUCAGGGUGGCUUACAAUGCACUUAUAGCACUAGCCUUCAUUCUUUUGUAUAUACCUGUUUAUUAGGGCUUUUGGCCCCCCAUAAGCGGUGUUUCUACAAAGUCAGCUUAUGACAGGUUGAUGAGACACCUGUUCUACAAAGGUGUUAUAAGGGAAUUUAGAACAGGACAGUUGUGCUGAUAGAAAUAGACAUAUUAUUUCUAUUGGCACAACUGUCCUAAAUUCCUUUAGUGCUGUUUAAUUUUUUUAGUAUAAAACUGUAGUCUUGCCCAGUAGAGGUAAUAGAUUCCUGCUGUUUUGACUGCCUGGUUCUGUAACUUUCCUCCCCAUCUUGUUUAAGGGGCAAACUUUUCUUACUGGAUUUAUUUAACCGAAAUACUUUGAACUACAUCUCCCAGCAUCCUAUACCAGGACUGGCGAUGACAGCAGCUUUUGGAACACGUAGUUCAGCAACAUCUGGAGGAUCAGACCACCUCUUUCUGAAACGCAAAAUGCAAGCAUUCGUGAUCGUGGACGGCAGCAAACAAAAGCGAAAGAGACUUGCCUUUAUGUGUUGAAUCCAGUUGUUUUUUGAAGUACUUCUGUCUUUCGUCUAACUGAUGAGCCAUCUGGACGUUCUGCCAUCCUGGGAGAGAUUAAAGCAAGAGGCAGCUAACCUUGCAUGACCACACGAAUAUAGCCAACCCAUUCCUGCCUUCAGCCGUUUCCUCUCAAACUCACCUUCCUUGAUGCUCUUCAGGAAAUCUUCCUGGGGCGGUAAGCUCUUAGGAUUGUGUUUCAGACUCUCAGGGAUGCGAAAAAAAGCACGAGCGGCAGGUAAACGAAAGAGUAAUAUUUGCAUAAUGGAGAAUAAAUUGGAUGUCAGCCAGUAGGUAAAGAUAGCCUGCAUGAGAUAAAGAGAGCAUGGGACAUCAGGUGAUCUGCUGGGUUCUAGGUUUGCUUCACUCCUUCAGGCACUGAUGAUGUUAUCUAGCCUGGUAUAGAAAUGUCUGAAGGAAAUCAAGCUCGCACCAAGAAUCCCAACAAUUCAACACUAAGUACCGUAUUUUUCGGAGUGUAAGACGCACCCUUAAAAGAGGGUGAAAAUUUAGGUGUGUCUUAUAGACCAAGUACAUUUUUGGCUUCCCAAGCCCUCUGCAUUAUGUUUUCAUCUUCUCCGGCCCCUAGAAGCACUUUGCAGUGCUCCACACAGCCCAUUUUUGCCAAAAAUGGGCCUGUUUUUGGGCUCCGAAGUGCUUUGCACGUCACGUUUUCGUCCUCCCUGGCCCCGAGAAGCACUCUGCAGGCCAAAAACAGAUACAUUUUUGGUGAAAAUAGGCUGUGCAGAGCAUUGCUUCUGGGGGCCUGGGAGGGCGAAAAUCCGGAGGCCAAAACCUAUUUUUUUCUUGUUUUCCUCUGUAAAUUUAGGUGCGUCUUAUAGUCUGGUGCGUCUUACAGUCCAAAAAAAUAUUCUUUACUACUGAAAUUAGAUGACCUCUCCCUGCACCACUGAAACACAGAAAUGACAGAGGGGAUGCAGUCCUUCCUUAUAUGGACUAGACACUUAAAUGGUAAUAACCAGCUCUAAAUCUCUGCCCCGAUGAACUAAAUUGAUGUCCUUUCUUAGUGCCUGAAGGUUGUGGUGGAACAAUGGGCUUUAGCUGAGUUGAGUGGCUUUAGAUUUUAAGGCCUUCUGUAUCUGAGGAUUUACCAUCUUUGUGUUGGGAUGGGGGUGGUGCUGCCCCAAGCAUACCUAGUGCCCAAGUUGCGGGGUGUGUGUGUGUGUGUGAUCUGGAGUCAUGAUUCCUGCUUGAAGAGUAGGUGGCAGUUAUGGCCAGCAGGGCCUCUGCCCAAAUUUGUGCUAUGUGCCAUGUGCCAAUUGUGUGCCAACUUUCUUGGGUCAGGAGAUUAACUUUCAGUCAUUCCUGCAGUAGUCACCUCCUGAAUGGACUACUGUAAUGCACCUUACAUGGGGCUACCCUUGAAAAAGUAUCCAGACAUUUCAGUUGGUACAAAAUGCAGUAGGCAGGGUGUUCUGACCCAGCUCCACAAACACGACAAACCCUCUGUAUUUAAACCAAUGAUUCCUUUAUUAGGAGCGCCAGCAGCCCUGGCAAAAAAAAAUAUCUCUCAACGCAGACUAAUAAAUCUGUCCGGCAUGGAGAUGAAUAGUUGUCUGCCACACCUAUUCAUCUCCGCCCCCUGCCUUUUAUCCCCAGAGCUAGGGUGGGGAUUCUGUCCCAAGGAUUGUCCCACAGAUUUCCACUGCUCUUCUUUCUUCUGUUUUCUGUGCAUCCGUGCGUCAGGCACUGGACCCAGCUGUUCCUCCUCUUCCUCAUCAGCCACUUCCAAACCUGGAGGCUGUAGACUCCCCAUCUGGGGGCUCUGCCUCUGGUCUCUCUCUCUCUGCCAGCUCCAUUCCCUCUUCCCCCUCGGAGCUCUCAGGUUGCCUUGAUGCUGCCACUGCCUCUUCUGAUUCGGCUGCUGGAGGGGGCAGGGGGCAGUAAUGCAUACUCCAAGAUCUGCACAUGCUACACUUCUGCCAUGUGAGGUGUGCCCCCAGGGGGCAUGCAAGUACCAGAAAAUGAACUUCCGGUUUCCGGUGCGCGAAUGCUGCCGGCCAGAUAGUCUUCCAGUUACUGGUGCGCAUGAUGAUCAGCUGGCCAGCACACAUGCUCAUGCCAGAAAAAUGGAAGACCAGCUCUUCCGGCACUGCCGCAUGCACGAAGGCCAGCUGAUCAUCAUGCGCACAUGCAUGCCAGAAACCCAGAAGAGGAACGGGCAACGCCGCACAUGCCAGGCAACAUGCUUCCACGUGCCACUUUGGGCACGCAUGCCAUAGGUUCACCAUCACAUUUAUAAAUAUAAAUGGCUGUGUGUGUGUAUGUUCCAGCAUAACCUGGUACACAGAUGACUUAUUCUCUGGGAAAAAAUACUGUGGGGGUAAGAUACCCCUAAUGCCUCUUGGGGUGUCUGUGUGUUCCAGCAUAACUGGAAUGCCUGGGCUGCUGAAAUGAAAAGGAAUGAAUUAUAUCUAUAGUGUCAAAUCACAGUACUUUUGACAGUGAUAGUCUGCAUUUUGGAUUCAAGUUCUGUUAAGAUAUAGCCUAUUGUGCCUUAAAAUGGCUUCUACUGUACAGCACAGUGCAGUUGUCAUGGUAACAGCUUCACAAUACUCCACAAGGGGGCUCCCUUUGGUAAGGGGGAUUGGUUCUUAAAGAAAAAUAACACCACCCUAGGCCCUCAGCCUCAAGCCAAGAGGGCAAGUUGUCGGGGGAGGCGCCUGUUAAUGCAAAUAAUGACCUCAAAGGCAGGAUUGGGAUAAAUAAAUACCCGGGCAACGCCGGAUUAUCAGCUACCAUGUUUUCCCGAAAAUAAGACUCUGUCUUACAUUUUUUUGAACCCUGAAAUAAGCGCUUGGCCUUAUUGCCAUGCGCUCAAAAGCCCGAUUGGGCUUAUUAUCAGGGGAUGUCUUAUUUUGGGGGAAACAGGGUAGUUAAUAAAUAAAAAUCUACCGGCUUUCCCGCAGAACGCAGCUGAAAUGCCCUCUUACCGUUGGAAAGGAAAUUAUGAAAGGAAGGAAGACCACUGGCAUCACUCGGAAAACCUUUUUCAUUAGGUCCAGGUGUGGGUUUGGAGGUCCUGUUUGCAAUCCAAUCUGACGAAGAAACAAAAUAGAUCGGUGUUAUCGAGUGGCCAUUGCUCAAUUUUCAAUUCUUCGUGUUUCAUGUAUAUGUCCCCAGUCCUCAUUCUCCAUCACCAGGAUGAUUUUGACAUUUAAAUUAGCCUGCCGGGAAACAAGCGGGCCAAAGAUCCAGUUAGAGCCAGGCUUCAGAUAAAAGGAGAGUCACUCAAUCCCUAGCCAAGAUCUGGCUAAAUUUUUAUAUGGUCCACCCCAACAGUGCUUUCUGUCAGUGUAUAAGAAAUUAUGAACUGGAAUAGCCAUAACAACAAGUCAGCCAAUGGGAACUGUUUAGUGACUGAGACACAGGAUUUGUUGUGAGCCAUGUGAGACAGCUCGGAGCCCAGGUGUGGUUUAGCUUAACUGUUCUGUGUAUAUAAGAGUUCAUUUGUCCUUGCAUGAUUGUUCUAUCUUCUGGCUUCUUGUUCUUGUCCUUGCUACUACUCUCUACCCCGUUGCAAGAGCUGCAUGGGUAUUCUAUACAUGCAUCAUGUUUUAUAUUAUUGUAUAUAAAGAAGUUUCUUCUAUAAA